ACAGCAGGUGGAGAGCUAAAACCAGGCAGCUCAGGAUUAAUCGAGAGGAAAGUAAACAUAAAGAAGAAGAAAGUAUCAGAGUUUUGUUUUUUUCUCAACUGAAGAGGGAUUACAAAUAUGAUGGCACCUAUCUUUGUCCAUCUGGCCAAGCUCUGAGUGUGUAUCCGACACAUGAGAGCAGGGAGCUUGUUUGCAAAAGCGGGAGCAGGUAAGGCAUCAGAGUAAUGGAGGGCGAGGAAAGGGCCGGGGCUGCCAUGCCGAGGUGGGGCCGUCUGACGGCCCUUCAGGAACAGCUGGUCUGGGCCCUGCUGGAAUCGGGCCUGUCCAGGGAUGUCUUGAUUCACGCAAUGGGGGAACUGGAGCGAGACCGGGCGAACGGAACAGACAAGGGAGAGAGGGGGGACGGGGAAAGCUCCGAGGAGGGGGAAAUGGACUACCCACCACCGAUAUUCCGAGAUUUGGAGAAGCUUCCUCCUGAGGAGGCGGCCAAACUAAGGGCUGAAGUGGAACGGCUCCUGCAGGAGGACCCAUGGCAUGUUGCAAAAAUGGUGAAAAGCUACAUGCAGCAACAUAAUCUCCCUCAGAGAGAAGUGGUCGAGUCCACGGGCCUCAAUCAAUCGCACCUCUCCCAGCAUCUCAACAAAGGCACGCCGAUGAAGAACCAGAAAAGGGCUUCACUGUACAGCUGGUACGUCAAGAAGCAGUGUGAAAUCAGCCAGCAAUUCACCAAUGCCAAACAUGGCCUCACAUCUAUGGAGGAGCCAGGUGAGGACUCCAGGAGGGGUCGGAGGAACAGAUUCAAAUGGGGUCCUGCUUCCCUACAGAUCCUUUUCCAUGCCUACGAGCGACAAAAAAACCCCAGCAAGGAGGAGAGAGAAGGCUUAGUGGAAGAAUGUAACAGGGCAGAGUGUUUGCAAAGGGGGGUGUCUCCUUCACAGCUUGCUGGCCUGGGCUCCAACCUGGUCACUGAGGUCAGGGUGUACAACUGGUUUGCGAACCGUCGAAAAGAGGAAGCCUUCCGGCACAAACUGGCUCUUGAUGGGCCUUUCACCAGCCACCCGGUUUCUUCUUCCAACCCCAACCUUUCCUCAAGUCCGGACCUUGGUGCCAAAUACAGCCAUCAAAUCCAGUGCGACACCCUGAACUCAGCCAGAGGUAGCGGAGGGGAAAGUGUGGGGCGUCUUGUGGCCAGUCCUGUCCAGCUGGAGCCAAGCCACACACUCCUUGAGAGCCACCAUCCCAAACUGGUUUCCAGUGGAGGUCCGCUGCCGCCUGUAAGCACUCUGACCUCACUGCACAGUUUGUCCUCUCCUGCAUCCUCACAAGGCCUCAUCAUGGCUUCCCUUCCCAGCGUCAUGAGCCUAGGAGAGUCCUCACUUGUCAUCGGUCUAACAUCAACGCAACCUCAAACGGUACCCGUCAUAAACAACAUGGGAGGCAGUUUCACCACUCUGCAGCCAAUCUCAUUCCAGCAGCAGCUUCACACCCAGCAACCAAUGCCACAGCAGCUCCAGAGUCACAUGGGCGUCAGUCCAUUUAUGGCUACCAUGGCACAGCUGCCAAGUCACAUGUACAACAAGACUGAUUCGCCUCAGUACCCUUCGUCCGGUCUGCUGUCUCAGGCCAUGGUCAUCACAGACAGCAGCAGUCUGGGGACACUAACCAGCCUUACAUCUGUCAGACAGAUUUUAACGGCAGAUCCCGAGGAGCAAACAGACCCAUCACUACAGGAAAAUUCUCUGCAUCUGCAGGCUCACACACCUGGAGCAGCAUCAAGCCAGAGCCCAGAGAUGUAUUCUGCUUCCCAGACAACAGACAGCCACCAGUCUCACCUCCUGUCCCCUUCACAGACAGACAUUAGCUCUUACAUUCCUGCACAAAUGGUCUCUCCAGCACAGUAGUGCUGUGCUCCAGCAAUGCCUCCCCAACACCAACGUGACUAAGGAGCUGUUCGGAAAGUUUGGAAGUUUUAAAAACUCAGAUACAGUACAUCAUAGCGGUAACGUGAACAAGGAUCAGUGUCGGAGAAGAUGAGCUUUUUAAACAGACAAAGAAAAAUCAUCCAAUUUAACCAGAAAAUGUAUUUUAUCGAAAUACUUUUUUGUAAUAAUCCUGGGAAAUUGUAUGUUCACUUAAAAUGUGAACUCAACAUUAUAUGCAUUUUAUAAACACACUUUGAACAUCUUUUGUCACAAGCUAUCAGCAAUAGUAUUAAACGGCAUGAUUUUACAUUA